ACGAUGCAGUUGAAACUUAGCGAAGCCUAAGAUGGCGCGGGAUUUGAACAAAUUCUUCGCUCAACACAGAAAAAGUCACACACGCUAUAUAUCAAGUGUUGAUUCUCUCAUAGCAAGGUAUGAAGAUGUUGGUGAUAAUGAACUGGAUUCUGUUGUUGAUCUUUCAAGCUUCGAGGUUUUCAAAGACAAAAAAGAUAUAUUUCGCAGAGGAAAAUUUGUUGGUUCAGCAUCUCAUUCUGUUCGUUCUAAUGAAAAAUGUAAAGAUUAUACAUUGAAAGAGAGAAUAGAGGAGGAUGAAUCCAUUUUGCCUGAGGAGGAAGAUGAUUCCGAUCCAGACUCCAAGAAUGUGGACUUUCAAGUACUCAGUGAUCUGAGUACAUGUGUUGCUAGUUUCCUUGAGGAAGGUGAGCCAGAACCAAGUGAUGCUGAGACCUUGAGUUCAACAUCAACAGACUCGUAUGAAACAAUUCUCAGUGACUAUGAUGAUACUACGCAGGACAGUUGUAGCCAGGAAGAAGAUUUCAAAUAUACAGAAAAAUGUGGGGAAGAUGAGCAUCUAUAUGACGAGAUUGAUGGAGAUCUCUAUAGGCAGAUCGACAAGGAUGCACCUCAAAAUAGAACUAAUCAGUCAAAAAACACACUACCUCAUCUCAACAGUGAGUUCUCUGAGAGAGAUGAAAGGAUCCACAAGAAUGAAGAAAAGAGACUGGAUGAAACCUUUGUAAUUGAGGAUUGCAAGAAGUCAAAUAUAAAUGGAACUGCCAAUGCACAUAAUGUAAAGAAGUGUUCAAGACAUGUCACUGCUGAAUGCAACAACAGCUCCACAGUAGAUAAUUAUGAUAUUGGACAUAGUGAAGUUACCAAACAGAACUCUGGUCAUAAUGUCCGUAACAGUUCUUCACAAGGAAUAAAUGUAAGAAAGAUUUUAACACAUUUCACACCUUUCCAUGAAGAUGACAUGGAUAAUAGAAGAGGAAGUGUCUCAGGGAAUUACUUAAAUAACAAGAAAGAACUUUGUAUAAAUAAUGAACACGGAGAAGAUACUCAAAGGGAAAUAUACACAGAGAACAGUUUGUUCUCUGAGGACAGUAGGUGUCUAGAUGGUAAUUCGAAUCGAAUAUAUGAAAUACAGAACAACAUACAGCUUGAAAUAGACAAGCUUGACACGUCUGGACAUUUCCAGACAAAAGGGUGAU